GUCCUAUAGCAAAGCUACGAUGCUCUCUUCAAGCCUUCCGCGGCAUUGUGCUCGCAUUUCUCGUGCGGUUGUCGACUCGGAAAGUAUCUUCUGGUUAAGUCGUCGGUUACAAAAAUUUCGGCCCUCCUCUUCAAAAGCAAAUCAAGACGGAAAAUGACCAAUUUCCUAGCUCUGUCGGUGAUCGCACUGGCAUGCGUGAUCGUCAACGGUCAGCAAACGUCAGAUCAGAAACCUGUUUUUGGACAGACAUUCGAUGAAAUCGUAGUGUCAUCGGAUUUAAACGUUAGGAGAAAGUCCAAGGAAAAUCGUCAGGGUAAAACGUUGUUUAACAUACCUUCGCUCACCACCGGUCCCCCUGAAAAAUCCACUGCAGUCGCGGCGAGGUUCACUGCCAAUGAUGGCAGUCAAGUCACCUCUGAAAAUAGUCAAACAAAACGGGAAAUUUCAAAUUUAGAAAAAAGGUAUUUCGACAUGGACGUCGCAGCAUACCUGUUGAAAUCUCGGAAACGAUGAAAAUUCCACCCCGAGGACAACCGCACGAUCCUCACACACCCAUUCCGACCAUACCUUUCGACCCAAUUUCGGACCAUGGCUCAUGUAACAAAAAGGAUAAUAAAAAUUUUCUGUGUCACAGCAA